AUGCCAAAGGUGAAAGAAAGUAAGAAUUCUGUACUAAAAACUAUUCUCAACUACUUGGCAUACUUGAAAGUUGAAAUCAUUAAAAUAUCCGACACUCAACAAGAAAUYAUUCAAUUGAUCAACAAUUCGAGCUCCAUAACUACUACUUAUAAUUCAUGGAUAGGGGAAAUAGACWAUCUUAUGACUGCUUGGCCAGUAUCCAACCACRAAGAACUGAACGAUUUUGAAAUAAAACUACAAGCUAAUGAACAAGAUUUUAAAAACAAAGUUAUACUAUACACAAAUCAAAAUUCCAAAUCAUAAAAGAUGAUGAUGAAAUAAUAUCAAUCAUUGGAAAAUGGUUAACAACAGCUAAAGCCAGAAUUGAWAAUAAAAAACAAGCAAAAGAUGCCAGUAACUCCUUACAAACAGAAGAACCACU